AUGACAUCUGACGCAUCAUCCUCUUCGCUCCCACGCAUCUGCGUGCUGGGCUCCCUCAAUAUGGACCUCGUCUCGUACGUGCCUCACCACCCGGAACCUGGCGAGACCCUCACCUCCAACUCCUUUGCUGUAUCCCCCGGCGGCAAGGGCGCCAACCAAGCCGUGGCCUGCGCCAAACUCUCUCGAUCUCGUCCACCCACAGGAUCGACCUCAGGCGACGACCUCCCCCCUCACUCAACAGGGGCAACGGCCGAGGUCGCCAUGGUAGGUGCAGUCGGCGCCGACACCUACGGCACGCUCCUCCAGAGCAACCUCCGCGCCCACGGCGUCGACGUCAGCGGUGUGGCCGCCCCGUCUACCCUCAAGACAGGCAUAGCCAUCAUCAUCGUCGACGAGCCCACGGGCCAGAACCGCAUCGUGCUGAGCCCGGAGGCGAACCACCUGGGCGUGAGCCCUGCUGACUUUGACCGCGUCAUCGCGCCGCGGGUUGCUGUCGGCAGGCGGCCUGACCUGCUGAUCAUGCAGCUCGAGGUCCCCCUGCCGACGGUGCUGCUCGCCCUCGAGACGGCGCGGCGACAGGGCGUCUCGGUCCUGCUGAACCCUGCGCCCGCGGUGCCUCUCCCCGAGGAUGCGUAUGCGGGUCUCGCGCACCUGGUCGUCAACGAGACGGAGGCGUCGAUCCUGUCUGGCCUGCCUGUGGCGAAGCUUGACACCGAGGAAGGGUGUGCUGAGGUGGCGGGCUGGUUUGUGGGGCGCGGGGUGGGCGCGGUGGUGAUUACGCUCGGGGGCAGGGGCGUGUAUUUUCGGGAUGGAAACAAGAAGGAGGAGGAGAAGGACGGCGGCGGGAAGGAGGGUCUGGUGCCUGCUGAUAAGGUUCGGGAGGUGGUGGAUACUACGGCUGCUGGGGACACGUUUGUGGGACAGUAUGCACUGGAGGUGGUGAGUGGCAAUGGUGGCAGCAGCAAGUUUGAUGUGGAGGCGGCGGUGAGAAAGGCAAACAGGGCGGCGGCGAGGACGGUGGAGAGGAAAGGGGCGCAGGACAGUAUUCCCUGGAGAGAUGAGCUGGUGUGA